AUGCCAAGCUAUCGUUUGGAGGAGGCCUCCACCUCCAGAGCCGGCUGCCAAAACAAGGAAUGCAAGGAUCAGAAAAUCAAGAUCCAGAAGGGCGAGCUCCGCCACGGCACCUGGGUCGAGAAUGACAGAAUCAAGGCCUUCAUGUGGCGACACUGGGGCUGCGUGACUCCCAAGAUCAUCUCGAACCUCAACGAGACGAUCGAGGAGCUCAGCGGCGACAAGAAGGAUCCCGAGGCGAUUGACGGCUUUGAGGAUCUCUCGCCUGAGAACCAGGAGCGCGUUGUGCGGGCCCUGGAGCAGGGGCAUGUCGACGAUGACGAGUGGAAGGGGGAUGUCGAGAUGAAUCGUCCCGGCAAGGUCGGGUUCCGCGUGCGCGGCGGGAAGAAGGCUGCUGCCAAGGAUGACGAGUCGGAGGAAGAGCCUGAGCCCAAGACCAAGAAGCGCGGUCGUGCCCAGGCCAAGGACGAGGACAAGGAGGAGCCCGCUCCCAAGCCCAAGAAGUCCAGAAAGAGCAAGGCAGCCGUCGAGUCUGACGAGGAAGAGGAGGAGCUGUCCGACGAGCCAAAGCCCAAGAAGACCCGUGGUCGUCCGGCGAGGGCGGCUGCGGAGAAGAAGGCGCCCAAGAAGGCUGCGAAGAAGAAGGUCGAGAGUGAGGAUGAGGCUGAGUCUCCUGAGGAGAAGCCCAAGCGUGGUCGGAAGAAGAAGUCUGCUUGA